AUGGUGAAUUUGCUUUUCCGCCGGUUAAAUUUCUUAUCCAUAACUGGCGACUACACUGAAGGUGGUAUACUGACAGCAUCUUACGAGUACGUAGGAGGUCAUGAAGGAAAGAGUAUUUACAAUUGGUAUCUUCAUGAGGUUGAAACUGACCCUGGUAUUUUGAUACCUGAGGUUUCGGGUUGUCUUCAAUACAGUGUCACUAAAGACGCUAUCGGUAAAUUUAUCUCAUUUAGAUGUACUCCAUUGCGUUAUGAUGGGAUUAUGGGGGAAUCAAGAACUUGCAUGGGUCAAGAACAUAUUCUGGAAAUGGUGUUAUCUGUAUAUAUUAAUAUGAGAUGA